ACAUUUUUUAGGACUCUUCAUCUGAAUGUAUAAACAAGUACAUUAUGCAUAUUUAAAUUAUCAAGCAUGUUUUGAAAUGCGCAUUUUCCAAUACUGACGUCAACAAAUCUACAUGCAGAGUAUUAUAAAACUUACUUUGAAGUAAUUUUAAAUAUAAAGUUGCAAGAUGAGUAUGAAGAACUUUCAUCACUUAUUUUUGAACCAUUUGAGACAUCAGCAGACGUUUUUGAAUCAGCUGAGAGAAAUCACUGGGAUUAAUGACACGCAGAUACUACAGCAAGCCUUGAAGGACAGUAAUGGAAACUUGGAAUUGGCAGUGGCUUUCCUGACGGCAAAGAAUGCCAAGCCCCCUCAGCCAGAAGAGACAGCUUACUACCAAACCGCGCUUCCGAGCAGCGACCGCUACAUCAGUGUGGGGAGCCAGGCGGACGCAAAUGUGAUUGAUCUCACUGGAGAUGAUAAAGAUGAUCUUCAGAGAGCAAUUGCCUUGAGUUUGGCGGAAUCAAACAGGGCAUUCAGGGAGACUGGAAUAACUGAUGAGGAGCAAGCCAUUAGCAGAGUUCUUGAAGCCAGCAUAGCAGAAAACAAAGCAUGUUUAAAGAGGACACCUACAGAAGUGUGGAGGGAUUCUCGAAACCCUUAUGAUAGAAAAAGGCAGGACAGAGCUCCUGUUGGAUUAAAGAAUGUUGGCAACACUUGCUGGUUUAGUGCUGUUAUUCAGUCAUUAUUUAAUCUUUUGGAAUUUAGAAGAUUAGUUCUGAAUUACAAGCCUCCGUCAAAUGCUCAAGAUUUACCUCGAAAUCAAAAGGAGCAUCGGAAUUUGCCUUUUAUGUGUGAACUGAGAUAUCUAUUUGCACUUCUUGUUGGUACUAAAAGGAAAUAUGUUGAUCCCUCAAGAGCAGUUGAAAUUCUUAAGGAUGCUUUCAAAUCAAGUGACUCCCAGCAGCAAGAUGUGAGUGAGUUUACACACAAAUUACUAGAUUGGUUAGAAGAUGCCUUCCAAAUGAAAGCUGAAGAGGAGACGGAUGAAGAGAAGCCAAAGAACCCCAUGGUAGAGUUGUUCUAUGGAAGAUUCUUAGCUGUGGGAGUACUUGAAGGUAAAAAAUUUGAAAAUACUGAAAUGUUUGGUCAGUACCCACUUCAGGUCAAUGGAUUCAAAGAUCUACAUGAGUGCCUAGAAGCUGCUAUGAUUGAAGGAGAAAUUGAAUCUUUACAUUCAGAGAAUUCAGGAAAAUCAGGCCAAGAGCAUUGGUUUACCGAACUACCACCUGUGUUAACAUUUGAAUUGUCAAGAUUUGAAUUUAAUCAGGCAUUGGGAAGACCAGAAAAAAUUCACAACAAAUUAGAAUUUCCUCAAGUUUUAUAUCUGGACAGGUACAUGCACAGAAAUAGAGAAAUAACAAGAAUUAAGAGGGAAGAGAUCAAGAGACUGAAGGAUUACCUUACAGUAUUACAACAAAGACUAGAAAGAUAUUUAAGCUAUGGUUCGGGUCCCAAGCGCUUUCCAUUGGUAGAUGUUCUACAGUAUGCAUUGGAAUUUGCCUCAAGUAAACCUGUUUGCACUUCUCCUGUUGAUGAUAUUGAUGCUAGUUCCCCACCUAGUGGUUCCAUACCAUCACAGGCAUUACCAAGCACAGUGGAACAACAGGGAGCUGCCUCUUCAGAAUUGCCAAGCACAUCGCCUACGUCAAUAGCUGCCAUCUCAUCAAGAUCGAUGAUUCACAAACCAUUCACUCAGUCUCGAAUACCUCCAGACUUGCCCAUGCAUCCAGCACCAAGGCACAUAACGGAAGAAGAACUUUCUGUGCUGGAAAGCUGUUUACAUCGCUGGAGGACAGAAAUAGAAAAUGACACCAGAGAUUUGCAGGAAAGCAUAUCCAGAAUCCAUCGAACUAUUGAACUGAUGUACUCGGAUAAAUCUAUGAUCCAAGUUCCUUAUCGCUUACAUGCUGUUUUAGUUCAUGAAGGCCAAGCUAAUGCUGGGCACUACUGGGCAUACAUUUUUGAUCAUCAUGAAAACAGAUGGAUGAAAUACAAUGAUAUUGCUGUGACAAGAUCAUCAUGGGAAGAGCUAGUGAGGGACUCUUUUGGUGGUUAUAGAAAUGCCAGUGCAUACUGUUUAAUGUACAUAAAUGAUAAGGCACAAUGCUUAAUACAAGAGGAGUUUAAUAAAGAAACUGGGCAGGCCCUUGUUGGAAUAGAAACAUUACCACCGGAUUUGAGAGAUUUUGUUGAGGAAGAUAACCAGCGAUUUGAAAAAGAACUAGAAGAAUGGGAUGCACAACUUGCCCAGAAAGCUCUGCAGGAAAAACUUUUAGCAUCUCAGAAAUUGAGGGAGUCAGAGUCUUCUGGAACAACAGCACAAGCAGGAGAACCAGAAUAUCUAGAGCAGCCAUCAAGAAGUGAUUUCUCAAAGCACUUGAAAGAAGAAACUAUUCGAACAAUUACCAAGGCAUCAAGUGAUCACGAAGAUAAAAGUCCUGAAACAGUUUUGCAGACGAAACCUGAAAGUGCUACAAGCCAACCACCUUGUAAGCAGCAAGUUGUAGAGGUGGCGAUUCCUCACGUAGGGAAAUUUGUGAUUGAGUCAAAGGAGGGGGGUUAUGAUGACGAGAUCAUGAUGACACCGAACAUGCAAGGUAUUAUCAUGGCGAUAGGUAAAUCCAGGAGUAUAUAUGACAGGUGUGGCCCUGAAGCAGGGUUCUUUAAGGCAAUUAAGUUGGAAUAUUCAAGGUUGGUUAGAUUGGCCCAAGAAGAUACCCCACCAGAAACAGAUUAUCGUCUGCAUCACAUAGUGGUCUACUUUAUCCAGAACCAGGCGCCAAAGAAAAUCAUUGAGAAAACAUUGCUGGAACAAUUUGGAGAUAGAAACCUGAGUUUUGAUGAAAGGUGUCACAACAUAAUGAAAGUGGCUCAAGCCAAACUUGAAAUGAUAAGACCUGAAGAAGUAAACUUGGAGGAAUAUGAGGAAUGGCAUCAGGAUUAUAGAAAAUUCAGGGAAACAACCAUGUAUCUCAUAAUUGGACUAGAAAAUUUUCAAAGAGAAAGUUAUAUAGAUUCCUUGCUGUUCCUUAUCUGUGCCUAUCAGAAUAACAAAGAACUCUUGUCCAAAGGCCCAUACAGAGGACAUGAUGAAGAGUUGAUAUCACAUUAUAGAAGAGAAUGUUUACUUAUUUCUUCAUCACUCUGCCAUUCCCUUCUUGGUGGGAAAGGAGAGGCUGCAUGGAAUAAAUUAAAUGAGCAAGCUGCAGAACUGUUUGAAUCUGGAGAGGAUCGAGAAGUAAACAAUGGUCUCAUUAUUAUGAAUGAGUUUAUUGUCCCAUUUUUGCCCUUAUUAUUGGUGGAUGAAAUGGAAGAGAAAGAUAUACUUGCUGUGGAAGAUAUGAGAAAUCGAUGGUGCUCUUAUCUUGGACAAGAAAUGGAAUCACACCUCCAAGAGAAGCUGACAGAUUUUCUGCCAAAACUUCUCGAUUGUUCUACGGAGAUUAAAGGUUUCCAGGAGCCACCGAAGUUACCUUCAUAUUCCACACUUGAACUGUGCGAGAGAUUUGCCCGAAUCAUGUUGUCCCUCAGUCGAACUCCUGCUGAUGGAAGAUAAACAGCACACACUUUCCCUAAACACACUGUGAAGAAGCUGUGGAACAUUUUAUAGAUGGAACUUCUGUUUAAGAUUAAUGAAGUAACAUUGUGAAUUAAAAUCAAUGCUUUAAAGGUAAUCAUGUUACCAACAACCUAUUUUUGAAUUUAUAAAAUUUCUUUAUGAACAAUACUUUGUUAGCUUAGUAAAAUAUAUCAUUAUACUGUGCGUAUGUUUGUUACGGCGCCGCCAAAAGUGCUUUGUGUAAGUGCCUCUCACAAAAGAUCCUGGACAGAGAGGAAAGGGGAAUAUGAAGUUGUUCUAGGAUGCUCCUUACAAAGGUAUCAGUAUGCUGUUAAAGCAUUAAUGACAAGGACCUGGUACUGUUUCUUUCAUAAGUAUAGAUUUUGCAUAUCGUAGCUAUCCAAAUGAGUUUUUAUUCAGAUUUUAUAUUCUUCACUUCAGCAGAAUCUGUGUUCUGCAUUGGUUUUCAAGUUCUGUCAAAACCUCAGAAAACUUUAUAUGAAUUAUCUAAGCUUUUCUAAAUUAUCUGCAGUAUUUUAUGAUAUUCUACCCUAACGGUAAAGUGAUCUGUGUUUAUGUGUCUAACUGACUACUGAGACACAACACACCCAAACACCAGGUGGAAAUUUCUCCUUAUAUAAGCCACAUCCAGAGAAUCGUAUGUGGCUCUUGUGCCGAAGGUAAGUUUUAUUAUUAUGUUUACUUCAUACUGAAAAGCCAGUUUAUUUAUUCCUAGUAAUGAACCUGAAGUACUUAUUUACAGAAGUGACCUUUUUCAAGAACUGGAGAAAUUACUUGUUUUUAUAUCGGCUUUAAUAUUUAGGUCAGCAAAAUUUCCUUACUUUAUUUACUGGGUUAAAUAUAAUAUAUAGGAAGUAAUAUAAAAUUUGGAACUUCAUAAAACUGUUGUCUGUGGCAGAUUUUAUUUUUAUUUAAAUGACUCUCAUUUUGAUUACUAUAGUCCUCCCUUCCCAUCCCCCAAAAAUUAUGUUUUGCAGUAAUACAACACAGAAUUCAAACAGAUAGAACUUAAGACUUGUAUGAAUUUCUUAUAAACACAGGACAUAAGGAGACUGUAGUCAUGAGUGAACCUCUGAGGCCCCGCUAAUACUUUCUAGGUUCAUUAAAGUACUAUAAUGACCAUACACUGAAUCAGUUCUCAAAUCGUGAUCUCAGACCAGCAGCUUCAGCAACGUCUGGGAACACGCUAGAACUGGAAAUUCGUGAGUCCCACACCAGAUUCCUGAUUCAGAAGAUCCUCAAGUGACCUGUGUUUUAACAAGUCCUUCAGAUGAUUCUGAUCUGCUCAAGUCUGAGAUCCACUGCACCUCAAGUCGAUGCUUUUUAAUUUCCAUUUACUUGGGAUCCCCUGUGUGUUGGAAGAUUCUCAUAUUUCUCUCACUUGUAAUUUCAAGGACAUGACUAAAAAUGAUUUUGCUUAGUUUUAGGUUUGAGACUAAGGUGGAUUUUCUCCUUUAUCUGAUUCUCUACAAUGCCAGUGCCUUUGCUCUAUAAUUCAGAAUUGUUGACUCUGCCUCUGGAUCCCCCUGUCCUUUUCCAAAAGUACAAUCACUCCGUUGCUUGGGGGAAGUUAAUUUAAAAAAAGAAUUUA